AUGGAAGAGGAUUCAACUAUGAAUGAUUACGAAGUCAAUUCAACGAUUCAUGAAGAAGAUAGUGUGUUCAGUAACCUCUUUGAAGCUGAAUCGAGUUCGGUUAACAAGCCAUGUAGUAGCUGGUAUAACAGUAGGAUGAUAGAAACAGAUGAAGGUGAAAUAUGUUGGAUACCGGAAGUAGAGGAAGAUGUAAGACCAGUUAAGGGUCAAGUUUUUGAUACAAUAGAUGAUUGCAUUGAAAUGUAUGAGAGAUAUGCGUACCAAGCGGGUUUUGACACUAGGUUAUCCACACAGAAAAAAACAAACAGUGGAGUGGUUAGAUUGAAGUACAUUUUGUGUAAUAAAGAAGGGAAACCACAAGGUGUAAGCAUAGAUACACUGAAUCACGAAAACAGUGGCAAAAGAGUACGUAUUUCGUCACUGCAAGUAACAGGAUGUGAAGCACAUGUCAUAUUCAAGCUGAUCGAAGGCCGACAAUCGUACAUAUUAGACGAGUUUCAGGAAAAACACAAUCAUCAACUGAAUUCGGUGGAGCAUAGACACUUGUCGAGAAGACAAAGAAAAUUGGGAAUCUCUGAAAUGACGUUUAUUAAUAAGGUUUCAACUUCGAAUAUAGGAGCGACAAGAGCUCAUCAUAUCUACAGCAAUAUGCUAGGUUCUUACAAGAACACACACGGCACAGUGAACGACUUCAAGAACUACAAGAACAAAAUCAAUUGUUUUAUAAGCUCAAGUGACGCGCAGAUGUUGGUAAAUAGAAUGGAAAACAGACGAGAGCAUGUCCCAAAUUUUACCUUCGAAUACAAGGUAAAAGAUAACAGUGAGUUAGAGUGUAUGUUUUGGGCCGAUGAGACAACAAAAGCAAAUUUUAAAGAAUUUGGAGAUAUCAUUUCAUUCGAUGCUACUUACAGGACAAACAGGUACAACAUGAUGUUUGUCCCAUUCACUGGGAUAGACAACCAUAAGAAGACUGUGUCUAUCGGAGCUGGUAUGCUUAGGGAUGAAACAACAGAUUCUUAUGUGUGGUUGUUGAAAGCGUUUUUGGAUACAUUUGGAAGUCAACCAAAGAUGGUCGUCACAGAUCAAGAUGCAGCAAUGAAGAAAGCCGUUGCACUCGUAGGAAAACGCAUGUUUGAUAAUACUGAUUUCAAGAAGAAGUUCAAUGACAUAGUUUGGAACAUAUCAUUGAGUACAAAGACGUUUGAGAAAAGAUGGGCAGAGAUAAUGAAGGAAUUCAAGUUGGAAGAACAUCCAUGGUUCAUGCAUAUGUAUGAUAUCAGGUCGACAUGGAUACCAGCUUACUUCACAGACUUACCGAUGUCGGGUUUGAUGAGAACCACCUCAAGAUCGGAAAGCGAAAACUCAUUCUUCAGCAAUUUCACAAGUGGUGGAGCAAUGUUGAUUCAAUUUAUGAUGUCAUAUGAGUCUGCCAUGGAGAGGCAGGGGAGUAGGCUAGAGGUUCUCGACCACCAGACGCAUAACAAGAGACCACCGCUUCAAACCCCUCUUCUUAUUGAAGAACACGCUUGCAAUGUUUACACGCGUACCAUUUUCUUGUUAGUGCAAAAAGAAAUAUAUUUGGGAAGUUGGCGGUGUUCUCGGCAUUCCGUAACCUCAGGGAUGCAAGGAUGUGAUGUGAUUGUGGUUAAAGAGAUUAGGGAAGUUAAGAAAAACAUACAAAAAGUGGUGGUCGGCAAAAAGAAAGACAAGAAUGUUGAAGUGGUUGAAGACAUCAAAAUUGUGGAUCCAGAAGAAGCUGAAGAUGAAACCGAAAAUGAAACAGGGAUGGGAAGCACAACCAAAACUGUGGAAAAAGUAUAUACUUUCCAGAGCUUGCAUGUUCAACAAAUUCCAGAAAAAUACAUCCUAAGAAGGUGGAAAAAGGAUUUGAUACCUCCAGGAAUGAGAACACGAAGAUAUAUUGGAGAAGGUGCGUCAAGUGAAGAAUGUGAGAGGAUGGGAAAUGAGUUGCAUUUUAUGGUAGAUGUUUGUGUAGAUAUAUUGCAGAAGGAUGAGGAAAAGCUGUCUCAUUUUGUUGAAAAAGUCAGGGCGCUAAAAGAUGAGAUAGAGGCUGCACAUUCAAACUCAAGAUCAAACGAUCAUGAUGAGGCAAUAGAGAGAUUCUUAGGAGUUACCAAGCCAAGUAACAAUGAUGUUCAAAAUCCACCUGUUUUACCAUACAAGGGAUGCGGAAAAGACAGCAGAUUUAAGUCUCUAAACGAAAAGGUGACUGAAAAAUAUCUAAAGCCAAAAAGAAAGUGCAGAAAGUGUGGGACAUUGACAAGUGACCACGACGCAAGGAAUUGUGAAAAAAAGAAAGCAGAAAAAGCUAAAGCAGAGGCGGUGGCUCAAGCUCUUGAAAAACUUGAAAAGAAGUAA